UCGAUUUAUGGCAGUUACGAAGUUUAUUAUUUUUACCACCUUGAUAUGGUCGUCUGUUGUCUUCGCCAAGGACUGGUGGGAAAAUGGAAAUUUUUACCAAGUGUAUCCACGCUCAUUUCGAGAUAGUGACGGCGAUGGUAUUGGCGAUUUAAAUGGUGUAACAGAAAAACUACAAUAUCUUAAGGACAUCGGAUUCACUGGGAUUUGGCUGUCGCCAAUAUUCAAAUCGCCUAUGGUUGAUUUUGGUUAUGACAUUUCAGAUUUCUAUGCCAUCCACCCGGAAUAUGGCACAUUAGAUGAUUUUAAGAAUCUGAUUAGGAGAGCCAAAGAAGUUGGUAUACGUGUUAUAUUAGAUUUUGUGCCCAAUCACACAAGCGAUGAAUGCGAAUGGUUCCAGAAGUCUGUAAACCGUACGGAGGGCUACGAAGAUUUCUAUGUUUGGCAUAAUGGCAAAGUAGAUAGCGGUGGCCAAAGACAGCCGCCCAGCAAUUGGAAAAGUGCCUUUCGUUACAGUGCCUGGGAGUGGAAUGAGCAAAGACAGCAGUACUAUUUGCAUCAAUUCUCUGUCAAACAAGCCGAUCUUAAUUUCCGUAAUCCUCUUGUGGUGGCCAAAAUGAAGGAGGUCAUGCGGUACUGGUUGGACAUGGGAAUUUCCGGUUUCCGCAUUGACGCCUUACCGUUCAUGUUUGAAAAAGGGCCUGAUGAGACGGGAAACUUCCCUGACGAGCCAGUGAUAGAUGAUGUCAGUUUGUGCCCAGACCCCGAAGACUGGUGCCACCUAAAUCACACAUAUACCCAGGAUCAGCCCGAAUCCAUUGAAAUGGUUUAUCAAUGGAGAGAGCUGACGGAGCAGUAUAAAAAGGAUAAUGGAGGCGGUACGAUACUCCUUCUCACAGAAGCGUACACAACAUUUGACAAUCUCAUGUUGUAUUAUGGCGAUGGAAAUCGCAAUGGGUCUAUGAUUCCAUUUAAUUUCUACUUUAUGCAGAAUAUUGUGAGAAACUCCACAGCCGCAGAAAUAAGAAGCAAUAUUUUGACGUGGUUGAAUUCAAUGCCAAAAGAUGUCUUAGCUAACUGGGUUUUGGGUAAUCAUGACAAUCCCCGUUUCUCAACUCGACUAGGUGAAGGACGAAUGGAUUUAUUUACCAUUCUACUACAAACCCUACCAGGAAACGCCAUAGCAUACUAUGGCGAAGAAAUCGGUAUGGUUAACGGUAAGAUAACAUGGGAGGAGACCGUCGAUACUCAGGGUUGUAGCUCUAGCCCGCAGACAUACGAGAGAUAUUCCCGCGAUCCUGAACGAACUCCCUACCAAUGGGAUGGUUCUAAUUUGGCUGGAUUCACCAAUGGCGACCACACAUGGUUGCCGGUUGCGGCUAACUACGUGGAGAAUAAUGCCUUCAGUCAAUUGCGUGCCCCCCGCAGCCACUUGCAGAUGUUCAAAAGGCUGAUUAAACUGCGACAGGAACCCUCGAUGCGAGAUGGUCCACUCGAGAUUAAAGCCAUACUCGUCGACAUUCUUAUCUACUCCAGACAACUACUGCCCAACGGUGAUAUGUACAUCGUGAUUUUGAAUCUAAGCAACAGCAGGCAAACAUUUAACGUCAAUGAGCACUUCAAAAUUGGCAGCCAAGCUGAAGUGAUUUGUUCGUCAUUGAAUUCCAAAUACGUCGAGGGAAAAAUUAUUGACGCAACAAAAUUUGAGGCGGAACCGGAGGUAGGAGUUGUCUUAGUAAAUAUUGACUAAGAGGCAACACUUAAAGGCUGUUGAAAUUCGAGAAAUGGAUAAAUGGAGCAGUCAAUAAAGGACUAAGUUCGACCAAACUGUUCGCAGUAAAAUUUAGAUUAUUUUCUUAAAACACUUCAAACAUGAUAUCACGAUUUUUUAUGACAAGUCUUUUUAUUUAAAAUAUAUCAUCCAAAAAAGGUAAUCGUGAAAAAAUAUUGGGUAUUCACCGUGAAACACGAAAAUAAUACCGGCCUUAAGAGUAAGACGAGAAUAAAAUAAAAUAAA